ACAAUUUUACUCCUUGCUCGAGAAGCUUUGUGAAAUUCAACAAAUUUCUAGGGUUCAUAUAAAUUUUUUCGUGUUGCUUCUUCCAUGAAAAAAUUGUUCCAAUGACUCAAGAUAUGUUGUACGAAGACAGCUCCAAGAUUUUCGUUGGUGUUCGUUUUGUUCUAAUUGGAUUCGACCCCCAUAGAAAGGAACAGAUUCAGUCCAAGCUCGUGGAGGGUGGCGGAGUUGAUGCAGGCAAAUAUGGACCAGAUUGCACCCAUCUUAUUGUUGAUAGUAUUAUCUACGAUGACCCCAUAUGUGUUUCUGCACGACGGGUUGGAAAAAUAGUUGUUACCAGCUUGUGGGUUGCACACAGUUUUGAUUUGGGAAUGCCUGUCGAUCACCAUUCUGUCAUGUACAGACCUCCAAGAAAUUUGAAUGGAAUUCCAGGUGCUAAAUCACUGAUAGUCUGCUUAACUGGGUAUCAACGGCAAGAUCGAGAUGAUAUUAUGACAAUGGUGGGAUUGAUGGGUGCAAACUUUUCAAAGCCGUUGGUGGCAAACAAAGUCACUCAUCUUGUAUGCUACAAAUUUGAGGGGGAGAAAUAUGAACUUGCCAAGAAAAUGAAGACGAUUAAGCUUGUUAAUCACCAGUGGUUGGAGGAUUGUUUAAAGUCUUGGGAAAUCCUUUCAGAAGCAGAGUAUGAUAAGAGUGGGUAUGAGUUGGAGAUGAUGGAAGCUGAAGCCAAAGAUUCUGAAGAUGAAAAUGAGGGCAUUGCUGCAAACAGGUCUGCAGAAACAAUAGCUAUCAUGGGUCCUGAAAAUCCAAAAAGUCCUAAUCGAUUCCUUGUGAAGCAGGAAGCCUCUACAAACAUUUCAGACUUAAACACAUCUAGAGGCUCGUCAGUUCUUGGGAACACAAAAGAGCUGUCAUUAUCUGCUUCAAAGCAGUCAAAAUCUGACCAGGUUCCAGCUUUUGAAGAAUCUCCGAAUAGGCAUGAUGAAAUGCUUAAUUCCAACUUCUGUAGAACAAAAGAAGAGCCACCAUCUAGCAUGCAACAAAAUGGAAGUGAUUUGGUUUCUGUUUCAAAUAGUGCCAGGAAGUCUCCUCAUUCUUGUUCGUCCAGAGAAUUCCCAAGGAAAUUCAGUUCUCCGAUGACCUCUGAACAUAUGAAGAGUUAUUCAGGAAGUCCUGCCGCUACUGAAGCAGGUAUAGGGUUUGAUUGCUUUAACCUGUCCUCUCAGAAAGGACUAGAAAAAAGUGAGUUAGGUGUAACCACUCCAAAGAAUUUGUCGUUUUCUGGGAAGGGUCAAAGCAGUAAACUGCCUGAGAAAAGGAAUAUGGGCAUUUCAGACAGUAGCUUCAAGUCACCAAGAGCUGGUAAUAUUUUUGUAAGCAUACCAGAUGGUUAUUUGACGUCAAAUCAUUCUGAAGAGUUAAUAAAUUCGUCAAAGUUACAUAGUCUAAGCCAUAAGGGUAGUCAUCUAUUGUCUAGGAACCCUGCCCCUCACUUGGACAAGGGUGUUACUUUGGAAACCAUGCAGCAUUAUGAUUCAACCAUUUCCAAUCCUGCGACACUAAGCACUGGGCAAGGGCAUGAUGAGGAUGCCCCGCAAAGCAGCACUUAUAUGAUCGUCGGGUCGAAAGAGACUAGUCAUGCUGCUGUUGAUGUCAGUGGGCCACUGGAUGAACGGCAUGAUGUCCCAUCUCCAGUUAAUGAAAGAAGAGAUACCCUGAAGUCUAAUGUGCUGGCUGAGUUCAAUAAAGCUGGAGAUGAUUCCAUGUCAGGGUCUAAGACAUUGAAGAAAAGAUCACUUUCCAAGAAGACACUCGGAUCUAGACAAAGUCUCGGUAAAGGGGAUGGCAGAAAUCAGAAAGGUUCUUUACUCAUUAACAAGACUGUUCUGACGAAUGAUUCAGCUGCUUCCAGUAGUGGAGGGAGAGAGGAGACAGAACACCAAAAUAUCUUGAGCUCUAAAAAGGGUGAGGUUCUGCCUGCAGAUAAUGCUGAUCCGAGCAAGGAGAUCGAGAGAAAUAAUUUUUUGAAUUCUGAAAAAGAAUCUGCCAAAACAAAUGAAUCCCUAAAUGAUGAUACUGAGGCUCCAGAGGACCAAGAAGAUGAAGAAUUAAAUGUUCUAAGAGAGAAGUUUACUGGUACUGAAGCACAACAUUCAGGGCUUCAAUCUGCGGAGAAGAAAUUAAAUGCAAACAAGGUGGUAAAUAAGAAUGAAAGGGAGGAUAUUGCAAAGAGUCUUAGUACUGAAAGCAAUGAAUUUGAAACUCAAAAGACUUCUUCUGGGAAGGAGACCAAGUUAAGUAAGUCAACUUCUGUGGGGAAAGCUUCAGAGGAGAAAGUUCCCGAAGGUCCAAAAUGUCUGAAGAAGAAUAGCAAGAAAACUAAUCUAGCUACCGAAAGAGCUGCUGUUUCUGUAGAAGGCGCUCUUAGUACUGAAAGCAAUGAAUUUGAAACUCAAAAGACUUCUUCUGGGAAGAAGACCAAGUUAAGUAAGUCAACUUCUGUGGGGAAAGCUUCAGAGGAGAAAGUUCCUGAAGGUCCAAAAUGUCUGCAGAAGAAUAGCAAGAAAACUAAUCUAGCUACCAAAAGAGCUGCUGUUUCUGUAGAAGGCGCUCUUAGUACUGAAAGCAAUGAAUUUGAAACUCAAAAGAUUUCUUCUGGCAAGGAGACCAAAUUAAGUAAGUCAACUUCUGUGGGGAAAGCUUCAGAGGAGAAUGUUCCCGAAGGUCCAAAAUGCAUGAAGAAGAAUACCAAGAAAACUAAUCUAGCUACUAAAAGAGCUGCUGCUUCUGUAGAAGACGCAGAAAGGAAGAAGUGCAGAACUGAUAGUAACAAAGUAGAAGUAAAGAAAGGAAAAGGGUCUCCAUCUGAAACUGGAAAAGCCUCAGUAAUUUCGACUGAGAAUCAAUUGAAGAGCUCCAUGGAUGUGGAGAGGGAGAAUAUGCCUGUUGUUGGACUCCAGAAUGCGAGUCAUAGUGAACAUGAAGCUGACAGAAGUUCUCCUUAUGAUACAAAGUCUCGUUCCUUGAAGGUUACAGAAGUACAAAGUGAGCCUAGGUGGUUUAUAGUUAGUGGACAUCGGCUACAAAGGAAGGAGUUUCAGCAGGUUAUCAAGCGAUUGAAAGGGAAAGUGUGCAGAGAUUCUCACCAGUGGUCAUAUCAGGCAACCCAUUUCAUUGUUCCUGCCCCAGUACGAAGAACAGAGAAGUUUUUUGCUGCUGCAUCCUCUGGAAGGUGGAUCUUGAAUACAGAUUAUUUAACUGCUUCUGUUGAGGCUGGAAAAUUAUUAGAUGAGGAACCAUAUGAAUGGCACAAAAAGGGAUUUACUGAAGACUUAGCAAUCAACUUAGAGGCCCCAAGAAAGUGGCGACUUCUGAGGGAGAGGACUGGACAUGGCGCAUUAUAUGGAAUGAAGAUAAUCAUUUAUGGAGACUGCAUUGUACCACCAUUGGAUACAUUGAAGCGUGCAGUUAAGGCAGGGGAUGGCAUUAUAUUAGCAACUUCUCCUCCUUAUAGUCGAUUCCUUGAGUCAGGUGUUGACUUUGCCAUUGUCAGUGAGGUCAUGCCACGCUGUGACAAGUGGGUUCAAGAAUUCUUAAGGCAUGAGAUACCUUGUGUGUUGCCUGAUUACUUGGUGACUUAUGUGUGCAAACCUGGUUAUACCCUCAGCAAUUAUGUGCAAUACAACACUCAUUCCUGGGCGGAAAGAUCACUGAAAAAACAUGUCAAUCGUUUGGAAGAGAUUGUUGAGGAGAUGGAGCCAUCAGAUGACAGUAGUAAUGAUAUAGCAUGCCAGGUGUGUGGGUCGCCUGACAGGGGGGAAGUAAUGCUGAUCUGUGGUGACGAGAGUGGCUCUCUUGGAUGUGGCAUUGGCAUGCAUGUAGAUUGCUGUGAUCCUCCCCUUGAAUGUAUACCCGAGGAAGACUGGUUUUGCCCAGAGUGUAGCAAGAACAUGAGUAAUACAAGUACCAAAAGGAAGUCCAAAAAAGGGACGUCUACAUCAAAGAAGAAGAAGAAGAAGUGAUAACGUGUCUGUUGGCUAAGGUCUGUAUAAUAGCUUCACUCAAGUUCAGUAUAUUUAGAUUAGUGAAGUAAAAUGUACAAAAAUAAUUAUUCACAUAGCAGCAUCUUGCUGCUUUUGUUGAAGAAGUUGAUUUUCAAUGUUGUGUAAAAUCAUCUCUUGAGACAUCCAAUGCAGGCUGAGCCCUGGAUCACAUUUGCCUAGUGUAGAUGAAACUUUUAUUUCACCCCUUCAUGUUGUAUUUUGUGCAAACACUUGUGAUUUUUCACAUUGUGAAAACUUCCAUUACUUUGAAUAGUAUGCACCCCAAACAUGAUUUCUUGAA